AUGAGCGGCGGACAGACUCUCUCUGCUGCCGGAGGAAACACAGCCACAAAUGGAAGCAAGAGGACGCUGGGAGAUGCCGCCAAGCCUUCCACGCCAACCAAAAAACCACAACCACCAAAGUCUCAGAACGCCAUCACCAUCGCCGUGUCGUCCCGCGUCCUCUUCAACAUGGAGAAGGAGCAGAGGAUCUUCGAGCUGCAGGGCAUGGAGCAGUACAUCAAGUAUCAGGUGGAGCACGAGACCGAGCCCUUCAGCCCCGGACCCGCCUUCUCCUUUGUGAAGGCUCUGGAGGCGGUGAACGCUCAGCUCAGAGAACUGUACCCGUCCAGUGAGGAGCUCUUUGAUGUGGUGCUUAUAACAAACAACCAUGCAUACGUGGGCCUGCGCCUCAUCAACACCAUCAACCACCACGAGUUAUUGAUCGAGCGCUUCUGCAUGACUGGGGGGAAGAGCCCGAUCGGAUAUUUAAAGGCAUAUCACACUAACCUGUACCUAUCUGCGGAUUCAAGCAAAGUCCGGGAGGCGCUGGAGGAAGGUAUAGCAGCGGCCACGAUGUUCACCCCAGACAAGGUCACAGAAGUGUCGGACGUGCAGCUGCGGGUGGCCUUCGAUGGUGACGCGGUCCUUUUCUCUGAUGAGUCCGAGCGCAUCUACAAAGCCCACGGUCUGGACAAGUUCUUCGAGCACGAACAGGAGCACGAGAACCGGCCCCUGGACCACGGGCCCCUGAAAGGCUUCCUGGAGGCGCUGGGGAAGCUACAGAAGAAGUUUUACGACAAAGGCCAGAGAAUGGAGUGCCCCAUCCGCACGUACCUGGUGACAGCCCGCAGCGCAGCCAGCUCCGGGGCCCGGGCGCUCAAGACGCUGCGCUCCUGGGGCCUGGAGAUAGACGAGGCGCUGUUCCUGGCAGGGGCUCCCAAGGGCCCCAUGCUGGAGAAAAUCCGCCCGCAUCUUUUCUUCGAUGACCAGAUGUUUCACAUAGAGGGCGCUGCUGAGCUGGGGACCGUGGCCUGUCAUGUGCCGUAUGGGAUCGCACAGAAAGCAGCACAGAGGGCUCCUCAGUGA